AUGAGUUACCAGAAUGCAACAUCUGAGUUAAAUGUGGGGUCACAGCCUGGGCCAAAGAAUCCUCAGAGAACAGAAGGUUCUACUCAAUAUGGAGACUAUGGGUCAGCCCUGCUUGAAAACCGCCUCAGCGUGGGAGACUUUGUCAAAAUACAGAGUGCUUUCGAGAUAGCAGUGGCUUUUACCAGCAAAGAGAUUUAUUUCUAUGAUCUGCUGUCUAAAGAAGAAUUUCCUUGUCAAUACAAACUCCAAGGUCUGAAAGCAACACCAAUUUGCAUGGAUUAUUGGUAUGACCCCCUUGAUGCCAAUGAAUCAAUUCUUUCUUUUGGGGACAUCACUGGAAAGGUUCAAGCAAUUUCUUUCACAGCGGCCUUGAUAUCCUUGUUCGAGCGGCCUCCUAGUGCUUGUGAAGAUGAAGAUACCACCGUGACCAUUAGCUGGGCAGAACUGCUCUCUGGAUAUCACAAAUGCUGCUAUAUAUUAGAGCACAAACUUCAUCAUGGAGAUUGGGUCAGGCAAGUUGCUUACAGCGCAUCUUUAGAUGCUAUCAUUUCCAGUACAACCAGCAAUACAAAUACUGUGGUGCUGGCUUGGAGAGAGAAAUCAAAAAAGCAUCUUAAAAUGACAUCCUUCAACAUUGCACAGGGCAUUCAUGCUUUUGAUUACCACUCUCAGCUCAAUUUAAUUGCAACUGCUGGCAUUAACAGUAAAGUUUGCCUUUGGAAUCCCUAUGUUGUCUCUAAGCCAGUUGGUGUCCUUUGGGGUCAUUCUGCCAGUGUAAUAGCCGUCCAGUUCUUUGCUGGAAGAAAACAACUUUUCAGCUUCUCCAAAGAUAAAGUUUUGAGACUCUGGGAUAUUCAACACCAGCUGUCCAUCCAAAGGAUAGCUUGCUCUUUCCCCAAAAGUCAGGACUUCAGAUGCCUCUUCCACUUUGAUGAAGCUCACGGACGCCUUUUCAUCUCAUUUAAUAACCAGCUAGCUUUGUUGGCAAUGAAAAGUGAAACCAGCAAGAGGGUGAAAAGCCACAAGAAAGCAGUCACUUGUGUUCUUUACAAUUCCAUCUGGAAGCAGGUAAUCAGCUCUGAUACUGGGUCUACUGUUUCCUUCUGGAUGAUAGACACUGGGCAGAAAAUCAAACAGUUUACUGGUUGCCAUGGCAAUGCAGAAAUCAGCACUAUGGCCCUAGAUGUAAAUGAGACAAGGCUUUUGACUGGCAGCACAGAUGGGACUGUAAAGAUAUGGGACUUCAAUGGAUAUUGUCACCACACACUAAAUGUUGGGCAAGAUGGAGUUGUGGAUAUUUCACAGAUCCUGGUUCUUAAGAAGACUAUACUGGUUACUGGCUGGGAAAGGACUAUUACUGUGUUUCGACCCCAGAACUUCAAUCAAUUUUUCAUCCAGCCUGAAGAAUGGAAAGGAGGAGUACAGCACCGUGAUGACAUCCUAUGUGUUGCAUUUUUACCUCCACAAACUCUGGCUACAGGAAGUUAUGAUGGAGAAAUUGUUCUGUGGAACAACAGCACGGAAAAUGCUCAUCAUGCCCUUCACCCUGAUUACCAGAGGCUGCUAAAAUCCAAAUUGGAUGCAGAGCCUCAUAAGCUUCUCAGUGCUGACAGGAACAGCUCCCCCACCCCCACUGCAGACCAGGCCACCCUCAGAGCCUACCCAUCUGAGGUUGACACUGAGGGCAAUAAUGCUGUUACGAGGCUUUGCUUGCUUGAAGCAAGAAAAAACAUUGCAGUGACAGAAGGAGCUAACCUUGUAUCAUGUGGAGGAUCUGGUUAUGUCAGAUUCUGGGAUACAUUUAAGAAGCAACUUCUGGCUGAAUUUUUGGCUCAUAGUGGAGCUGGAUCCAUUAUUAUGUCUAUUGAUAAAUUGAAUCAAUACCUUGUCACAGGAGAUCUUGAUGGAUGGGUCAAAGUCUGGAAUAUAGAGGACUACUGCCUUAAUUCCAGUGAGAACAAAGUCACACAGCCCCCUCCUCUGAUCAGAUCUUUUCAACCUCAUGAAGACCGGAUAAGUUGCUUAGAGAUGUGUGAGCUGUGGGGCCGAUCACUGAUCAUUUCCUCCUCAGCAGAUUGCAGCAUUUCUGUGACUGAUGUUUGCUCUUCUCCUAUUUGGAGCUUUGGUCAGGCAAAGCACUGGCAAAUUGAAAAUUGUAUUUCCCUUCCAAAAAGAGAUACUACCUUAAUGGAAAGUGAAAUUCAGGAGAAAAGCAUAAGGACAAUUCCUUUACUUUCUAAGGAAGAAUUAUGUUUAGACCCAAUAGAACAUUCUCUACUCGAUAAGAAAAACAAAGAAGACUCAACAGACAAUGUCAGAGCAUCAGAAGAUAUAAAUUUAGGUAUGAAAUAUAAAGCAAGAAAUUGCCACAAGAAAAAAACACAUCAACUUUACGAUGGUGAAAUUAUACAAAAAACAUCCAGUGCAUUUAGGUCAUUAACGAUCGGAGCCCUGAAAGAGCUGCCUGAAGUGAAUAAGCCUGAUUUUCUUCUAGAUCCUGAGAAGUACUUUCAGGAGGAGCCGGAAGAGGAAUGUCCCCAAAUUUCAGAGCUUCCACCACUUUCUGAAACUUUGAAAGCUGUAUUUGAUGAGAAAAACCUGUUCCCCAAAGAAAUUCUGGAUCAUGAACGAAGAGCCAAGCAAUUAUGUCAGGAAACAAGUGGUGAAGUGAAGAUAAAAAGAAAUAAGAAGCAAUUACAACUGAAAGAAAAAUAAAUAUUU